GUAGUAGAAAAAAGAAGAAAGAGGAGUGGUAGGGGUAAGGGGCGGUUGGAUACAAAGCUAAUUUGAAAAUCAUUCGAGCAGAGCAGUAGAAGAUGUCAAUGUCAAUGUCAAUGUCGUCUCCGGAGGUGUUACUGAAGAAUCGUUUCAUGAGCUUCUUGAUCUGGCAAUCCAUACCCUCAACCCUCAUCUUCCUCCUCUUCAAACCCUUCCUCUCUUCUUCUUCUUCUUGCCCGUCUCCUCCGCUUCCUCUUCAUCCCCUCCGACUCCGCCACACCCGACUCCGCCCACUUUCGCGCCCGUGCUAAGGUUUCCUUAUCAUUCGUGCUCUUCGCGGCCGCCUCCGCAGCUUCUGGUCUGGCGGCAGCGGUGUCCCUAUGCGGGCUUCAAGCCAUUGGUGAGGGCUUUUGGGUGAUUGGAAGGGUCGGGUUGAGGGGUUUCUUCGUUGGUUUACUUUUUGGUUUGCAUUACGUUUUGAAGCGUCGAUGGGUUUUGGAGUUUCCCAUCAUUCAGCGGCCACCUUACUUCAGCUUCAAAAUGGGAGUUCCUUCGGCUGGUAGGCGCGCUCUCAAGCUUUCCAUUGUGGCUUCCGUCUUCUCAGCUAUUUUAUUAGAGCUUCUCCCACAUCCAUUUAAGUACAUCAUUUCACUACAGAGAUACUUCACCGAGCAGAUCGUCUUUUCUAUUGCCACUUUUGCUAUCUUCUUCUGUUGGGAAUUGACUCAUCACUUGCACCGGGUUGGUUUCUGCAACAUGCUUCUUAUGUAUAUGUUAACUGUUUCAAGUUACUUAUAAAUAUUAGUAAUUCAUUUGGUUUUAGUCAUUUAGAUGCGUAACUUUGUUUCGUUAAUGAACCCAAUAUUAUUGUA